CUCUAUCUCUCUCUCAAGGUGUCUGUGUUUUGUUUGUGUGUUUGUGUGUUCGUAUGUUUUGGGUUUUCCUUUCGUCUUACAAAGAUGGGUGAGGCUGUUGAGUUCUUCCACGCCAAUGGGUAUGCCAAUGGGUUCUCAAAGAACUGUGAAGAAGACAACCAGCUCGACAAUCUUCACAACUGUAGUUGGUAUGAAGAACUGAUUGAUGAUGAUCUCAAAUGGUCGUUUGCUUUGAAUAGGGUACUCCAUAAAGGGACAAGCGAGUAUCAAGACAUAGCUCUCUUAGAUACCAAGCGUUUUGGGAAGGUUUUGGUGAUUGAUGGGAAGAUGCAGAGUGCCGAGGUGGACGAGUUUAUUUACCAUGAAUGCUUGAUUCAUCCUGCUCUCUUAUGUCACCCCGACCCCAGAACUGUGUUUAUAAUGGGUGGUGGCGAGGGAUCCGCUGCCAGGGAAGCACUCAAGCACAAAUCAAUGGAGAAAGUAGUUAUGUGCGAUAUUGAUCAGGAGGUGGUCAAUUUCUGUCGUAGAUAUUUGACAGUAAACCAGGAGACCUUUUGCCACAAGAAGCUUAAUCUUGUUAUUAAUGAUGCCAAGGCUGAAUUAGAGAAGAGGAAUGAGAAAUUCGAUAUCAUAGUUGGAGAUUUAGCAGACCCAGUUGAAGGAGGGCCUUGUUAUCAACUCUACACAAACUCUUUCUACGAGAAAAUUCUCAAACCCAAGCUCAAUGACAAUGGCAUCUUCGUCACCCAGGCUGGACCAGCAGGCAUUUUCACCCACAAGGAGGUUUUCACCUCCAUAUACAACACAAUCAAGCAGGUCUUCAAGUAUGUGAUGGUGUACACAGCUCACGUGCCAUCUUUUGCAGAUACAUGGGGAUGGGUUAUGGCCUCAGACCAACCCUUUUCUAUUAAUGCUGAGGAUAUGGACAAAAGGAUUGAUGCAAGAAUAGAUGGCGAAUUACUCUAUUUGAAUGGUGCUUCCUUCCUCUCCUCUGCCACCAUGAAUAAGACGGUUUCGUUAUCGUUGUUGAACGAAAUGCAUAUCUACACUGAAGAAAGUGCAAGAUUCAUUCAUGGACAUGGGGUGGCUUACCGCCAUUAAAGUCACAAGCUUCUUUUUUUCUUUUUUAGGGGGGUUAUUGCUGUGCAAAGGAAAAUCAUUGACGCAUUGGUUUUCAACAAUGGAUGUUAAGGACUUAUGGAUUUUAUUAUAUGUUUCUUACAAAUUCAUGACGUGUGAAUCUACAAGACACUUAUCACACUAUCCGACAAAUGUGAACAAUCACAAUGACAGAUUAGAUAAUACUUAUUUUCAUAACAUGUAAAUUGUUAUGUUAAGUGAGUUUGUAAGAAGUUAUAGUAAAAAUUGUAAAUGCCCCAACAUUUUUUUUUGUUUUAUCAGGAAUAUGAGGCAUUCCUCCAUUCAGAUUUUUAUAAUGGAAGUAGUUUUCUCUUC